UCUGCUUUCAAAUGCGUUCCUCGGUAGCAACUUGGAUACUCAAACGCCUAGCUUGCAGCUGAUGCGGCAUCCUCCACGCGUUAUUGAAAAUACUGGAGGACGGAAGAGAUAUCGAUAUUGACGAUGAAAUCAACCCGCCGUCUUUUUCCGGCAAGUACUUCCGAGUCUGAGUGUCUUGAGCUGCAGGCGCUUGAAUGAGGCUUGAACGCUUGAGCGCUGAGCCUGUGUUGUGCGGUGCGGUGCGGUGCGGCCUGUGUACGGCUACCAAAGCAGCGUGAAGACAGACGUUCACUUAUCCUCUAGAGUCUAACCUUGUCAUCUGAUCGAAAUGGUCUUUCCAUGGCUCAAGGGUCUAAAUAAGGUCAUCCCACUUCGCCUAAGGCGAUCUAAAAAAUUGGUGAAAGGACGCACACAACACAGCUCGACAAGUUGGACAACCACUGGUCAUGAGGGGGAUAGCCCACCUGCAGAUUUUUCUGCCAGUCCCUUCUCUCUGCACGCGCCCGCUUCGAAUCCAUCGCUAAUGCAGCCCAUUUCUGCGACCGGAGAACCCGCAAAUCUGGAAGCCCCCAUCAAUGUUCCUUCCAGAUCAUCUGGCAGCGUACCACUUGCUCGCGAAGUUUAUGAUAUGGCUCAGGUAGCUUUGCCAUCGGUACAGGCCAUUGCAGGUGUAUUUCCACUCGUUGGUUCUCCGUUGCAGGCGGCUAUCGGUGGACUAUUGUCAAUCCUUCAAACUUUCAAUACGCAUAAUCAGAACAAGGCGGACCUCGAUAGUCUGACGAAACGACUCAAUCGACUGAGCUGCAAUUUGUGCAACGCUCCGCCUGCCUGCAAUCCUUCUGAACAAUUCCGGAGAGAUUCAUUUGUUAGGAUGCUGCAAGACGUCUCAACCCGAGUGGCUACGUUGCAUGAACGUUGUCUCGCAUCCACAUUCGUCACGCAAGAUAUCGCUAGAUGCUUCAUUGAAAUCGACCGUUAUUCAGCAGAUUAUUUGUUGUCGUCGCAAAUGCAAAAUCAACAUGCCAUACACGAAGAGUUACGGAGGCAGCGGGAAGCGAAUCAGGAAGUGCUGAUCGCAAUGCAGACAUUGCAAAGCCUGAUGAACAGAACUGUCGCACUAGUUGGUUGCGUGACACUGGUAGACGCAACAGGCCACGACCAUGCAAUACCUGCGAACUUCUGCACCUCAUAUCAGCAACUCAAAAGGAUGCUCCAAGUUUUGUUUGAAUGUGAUUCCAUCGAAGCACGCAUUCAGAAACGAUAUGUAGAAGAAGGACAGUACGACUUGUGCAUCGACGAUGGCAGACAAGUAACUCGACUUACAAGCCGGUCAAGCAUUGCAGCAGGCACAAAGAUUGUCAUGAGGGUUAUCUUCGAACAGGAGACGACAUCAUUCUCUGAAUUUGACUACAAAUGUCAUUUUUGCGGCGCUGUGAAUCACUUGCCCGUCGAGUCUAUUAUGCAUUCGCUUGAACGGCAGGCCGGUUGUUCGGUUGAUUGCCGAGUAUGCAAACGACGGUUCCAGAUCUCUCGUGAUCCCCAUGUGAAGCAGAGCACACACUCCCGUAAUAACAAUUCCACUGAAGCGAGUGAUGAAGAACUGCACCUUAUUCACAACUUUCUUGUGCAGCAAAGUACUGUACCCCGCCGUAAUUCGCAUUCUCACCAGACUGGUACUAGAACAGCGUCUUGCCGCUGGCUUGUCGGAGACAAUAUGACAUGCGGAUUUGAAGGGCCGCUGGAUGCACUCAGAACCCAUAUCGUUGGAUGUCAUCUCCAAGUGUCUCGCGGUGAGGCAAGAGUACCAUGUCAUUGGCAAGGUUGCGGAAGCGCUCGCAGCAUCCGGCGCGACUCACUCUUACGUCACAUUCGUGAGGUCCAUCUGGGGACUCGGUUUCGAAUAAUGGGAUGAGUAGGACGAGUGACUGAUCUUUCUGUGUUCAUAUGAUGCACCUCCGAUUUUCUCAAUGUACAGCUCGUGUGCUGUUGCACUUGCUACCAUUCGCUCCUUGUAUUCGAAGCCAAGCCAGCUUCCGACCAUCACUCCGAAUCCGCUAC